GGCGCGUUCGUGCCAGUAGUCGCGAUAUAAAACUCGUGGGGCACGCUGGUAAACGACAAAUCGUACGUGGCUAUUCGAACGCGAACGUGUACACGUAGUUACCGCGGACGCGCGUGCACGAACGACUCGUGUCCGUCGAAAAAGAGAGAGAGGAGAGAACCGGAUUCGCGCGGCGAUUUCUCGAAUUUGUACAUAUCACGAGUGUGUGCGACAGUUUCUUCCCUCCCAAUUGUGUGCUUUCUCCAGUUCAACAUCGUGCGGAACCGUGCUCCGAAAAAACACGCGUACUCCGGACACGAAGCUAGCUCGAGGGCCGUCGUGCAGCUCGGGGUGCAGCAACGAGGGGGCGGGCAAUGAAAACGUCGACGUUAUCCUCGAGUGACAUGAUCAAACAGGAGAUACGAGACAUCUGCAAGGAGCUGAUCCUUACCGAUGACCAGCUUCGUAUGGUCAUGCAAAAGCUGGACGAUGAGAUGAACAAAGGCUUGUCGAAGGCAACGCACGACGAUGCAAUCGUCAAGUGUUUCCCGACCUACGUUCAAGACCUUCCCGAUGGCAGCGAGAAGGGCAACUUUCUGGCUCUGGAUCUGGGCGGAACGAAUUUCAGAGUUUUACUGAUCACCCUCGAGGGCCAGAGUUUCGACAUGAAGAGCAAGAUCUACGCCAUCCCGCAGAGCCUUAUGCUAGGCACCGGUACACAACUCUUCGAUCAUAUAGCCCAGUGUUUAGCAUUGUUCGUCAAGGAUUUGAACCUUCAGGAUCAGGUUCUACCCCUUGGUUUUACGUUUAGCUUCCCGUUGGAUCAACAAGGGUUGACCAGAGGUUAUCUAGUCAGAUGGACGAAGGGCUUUAAUUGUAGCGGUGUGAUCGACGAGGAUGUGGUCGGUCUACUCGAACAGGCCAUCGAGAGAAGAAGCGACGUGAAAAUCGAGGUGUGCGCCAUUCUAAACGACACCACUGGCACUCUGAUGUCGUGCGCAUGGAAAAACAGAAAUUGCCGUAUUGGACUGAUCGUCGGGACUGGCACCAACGCUUGUUACGUGGAGAAGACGAAGAACGUGGAGUGCGCGAUUCCGGGGAACUACGUGCCGGAGAAACCGUACAUGCUGAUCAACAUCGAGUGGGGUGCGUUCGGCGAGGGUGGAGUUCUCGAUUUCAUUCUGACGGAGUUCGACCGCGCCAUCGACGAGAACUCGAUCAACCCGACGAAACAGUUGUUCGAGAAGAUGAUCUCCGGCAUGUACAUGGGAGAAUUGACCAGGCUGGUCCUCGAGAAGGUGGUGAACGCUGGGCUGCUGUUUGGCGGAAAGUGCCCCAGCGAUCUUAAGAAACGGGGCAAAUUCUUUACGAAAUACGUUUCAGAAAUUGAGAACGACGCUAAAGGGAAAUACACGAAUUGUCGCGAAGUACUAGCCGAACUGGGGCUACGAAAUGUAAGUGAUCAGGAUUGCGAGAACGUCAGGUACGUUUGCUCCGUAGUGUCGAGGAGGGCAGCUCAUUUGGCCAGCGCUGGGAUCGCUACGUUAUUGAACAAAAUGGGCGAAGACAACGUCACAGUCGGAAUUGAUGGCUCGGUCUACAGAUUCCACCCAUAUUUCCACGAUCUUAUGACCGAGAAAAUAAGUCAGUUGCAGAAUCACAAGUUCGAUUUAAUGCUCUCGGAGGAUGGCAGCGGUCGUGGAGCGGCGCUGGUCGCCGCAGUGGCUGCCGGGCACCGGUGAAGACAACGGCUGUGCCGCGUCUUCUCCUCAGCUUAGAUUAAAUUAAGUUAUGUAACGCAGUAACGAAUACAAAUUUGACACACCAUUAAUAAUAACACGUACACAGAAAAUGCAUGAAGUCACGCGUAUGUGCCGAGGAAGAAGUCGAAGAUACCUAGUUGUUAAACGUAACUAAAGGAAGAAAGCGAGUUUGUGCGCGCGCGAGAGAAAGAGAGAGAGAGAGAGAGAGAGAGAGAGAUGUGCAAGUAGAAGAACGAGUGAAUACAGAGAGCAAGGUGGAGAAUGAGUGAAGUGUGAAAAUACGAAAGAGAGAGAGAGGGAGAGAGAGCUGCAUAUACGCACUUGUACAUAGAGCUAAAACGUAGCCUAAACGCGCGAAAUGCGUGGAAGCAGCGAUACAUGGAGAGAGUACUUACGAAUCGUAAUUACGAAGCAUAUUCACGACGUUAGAUCGGGGAAGAAAGCGAUUUAUAACGAAGCGUUCUCGCUGGAAACGCGGUUGUACACGAGUUGCAAACGAAUAAAAGGAAUAAAACGAAAACGUGUGACACAAAAAGUCCUAUUACUGCCAUAAGUGCAGCCAGAUACGUAUACGCAGUCAGA